AUGAGAGAUGGGGAUGAACCAGAUUCACAGCCUUUGGAUUCCUUCUCGCAAACCUUUGACAGACUAGUCCAGCAGGAUUCUUUGGUCCUAACCGUUGAUGAUGUGGUCCUAGAACCGAACAAGAGUUCUGUCUAUCUGUGGGCUAAUAUGAAGUGUCCACCAGGGUUGUUGACUGCAGAUCAGUUUGGAUAUUGUGUGCCCUGUGGACCAGGAACAUAUUACUCCUUUCUACCAGACGACAUUGAGCAUGAGUGCAACCCCUGUCCGCUAAACACAUAUCAAGAAGACUCUGGACAGACCGAUUGCAUCCCUUGCCCGAAUGAUACCGUGACAGCGGAGCCCUUCUCAACCAAUAUCUCAGAUUGUUUUGCUUCAGAAGCUAUUCUACCAGUUACAUCAGAACCAGGUUUAGAGGAGAGAACCAAGAUCAUUAUCUCUGUGACAAGUGUCAUAGCAGGACUUCUAGUGAUUGCAGUUGCCAUAGCCUGGUACUUCAUGUGGUACAGACCAAGGGCCAAGGUUUCUGGCAUCGCAAAAGGCGAUGCUAACUCUCAAGCACAUGAUUCGUAUGCUCUACAACGGCGUGGAGAGGCUUCUGUUGAUCAACCCUUUAAGGAUUCGAACCGUGUUGAUGCUCAGUCAUCAUCAGCACUUCCUCCCUACCGUAUACCCCGUCCGAAGAUAGCUUUUAAUGUCAACAAGCCCCUGGAACAGUAAAACCCUGAUACAGACCUCAUGCAGUGACCCAGGGGCGUCUGCAGAUGUUGAAGCCUUUUUAUCGAUGGCGACACCAUUGCAUUCGCCUUUACCACCACCACCACCCUCACGACCAUCAUCACUUCCACCAUCGCCACCUCCAAUAAUUUUCACCACUAACAUAAUCACCACGGACCGCCACCAUUAUGGUUCUGAGAGCAUGGCGGGUGGUGUCACCGGGACCGAUGCAUUUCAAACUGCAGAGGUCUUACAAUGAUACAAAUGAAGAUGAUGGCGUUUUGCCCCCUCUGUUCUUUGAUCCAAGCGUACUUCAUAAGGUAGAUGUUUGACGUAGUUCCUGUUAAUACUCAGAUCAGAAGGAAUACAUGCCUUCUCUGUUGAAUUUCAUAGUUUUUAAUUUAUAAUUCGAAUUCAUUUUCAAACAAAUAAUAGGUGUGAUACCUUUCAAAAUCUUCAAAACUUAAUUAUGUUAUCUUAAAAAUACUAUGUCUCUUUUGCAGCCAACAUAAAAAUUAUACUUUGCAGGAAUUAUGAAUAUGUAAUGUAUGUCCUAGUAUGAAAUUUGAACGUCAGCAGUGUCCUAGU